CAAGGCAGCAGGCCUUUCAAUUGCUACUAUCUUUACGAGAAGCAAACUGGCGCCAACCUUUAUUAAAAUUGUCUAUCUACUCCGUGCGAAUCCAGGAUAUCCAAAUCCUGUUCUCAGCUUGGCCAACCUGACAGUAAAUCGAAUAUGUUGGUGUCUCCUCUUCACUGCCAUGGCCAAGGCCUCUGGCUGAUGGGGACGGGGUCUUGCACAUGCGCGCGCAACGGGAUGUUGCAAGGAUCAUGCGAUAAGUGAUAAUCGUCCAGUGAGCCAAGAUGGCGGGGCCUGAGUGGUAAACAGUGGACGUCACCAUCAAAAGGGGCACGGAAGGGGGAGCUCUAAAAAAGCAGGGCAACAAGCCAAACCAGCUCCUGUCUGUCGGACAUGGAUUGGGGCUGUUUGACCGCUGGACAGGUACACAGGCACCUCCUGCGGGCUGCCAGCUCACUCACGCAUAUUCCCCCGUCCAUGCAAUACCCGAGCCGGACCUACAGGACCGAGGCGCUGUUGUAGGUCAAAGAUCUAGAUCGGCCGAGAAAACGCUUGCGUAAAAGAAGCAGGACCCUGAACACGAUGCAGAAAGGAGGGGAAGAGGAAGAAGGAUCCGUUACAAAACGAUGGGUCAGGUCCAACCAAGGGUGCAAGGGGAGAGAAAGAUGACGAGAGGUGGGCGUGAAAACCGAGAGGCUGGGUGACAGUGGGUGGAUUGGUCGUGACAGCUUCGGUUCGUGGGGAGGUUGGGAACACAACCCACACUGAGCCCGACCACUGUCACCUCACCCAGCCAUUUCCAAUUCGCGACUUUUGCAAUAAAUCCCGCCAAACUGCAUUCCCCGCCCGGUUUUCCUCCCAGUCCGUUUCCCCAAGUUCUAGGCAUUCUUUUCCCCUGGGAUUUUUCCUUCUUUUGCAUCUUGCACUGUCUCACCACACCAUUGACAAGAGAGCUGCUUUGAAGCUCCAUUCAAGGUGUUAUCGCAAGCUAUCUUGAGCGGGUCUGUCACCAAGAGUCGACUUACACGCAUCUCGUCGCCGAACUCAGACCCCCAAACGGACAGGAGGAUCACGAGCGAGAAGCUGUUUUACACGACAUCCACGACUUUACGAUUUGGCAAAUUGUCAUUCAUUGGAUUGCGCCGAGCAGGAUCGCGUCAACAUUGAGAAUUUUUCCCGGCCUCACAAGCUAUCGGCGCCAUCUCACCGCUCCGGCGGGCUUUCAAUCACUUUUGCGGUCAUCAUCACCGGAACACACAUCAAGCGACCAACUUCCCGAGACAGUCUCUCAGCUCGCUCCCCAAAAUGUUGCGGCUCUGGCUUUUCCUAGCCGGCCCGGCCGCUGCGAUCCCCUUCAACAACGGUUUAUACGCCGCUGGUUAUGGCUAUCUCGUUCAGCGCGACGGCUGCCCAGUACCAUGCGGUUACCAAAACCAGUACUGCUGCGACACCAACUCAGCAUGCGUCACCAACAACGGGAUAGCAGCCUGCACACCGGCUGCGGGAGCAGGCGGUGGAGUGGCCUGGUACACGACAACCUGGACUGAGACCAAGACUUAUACCAAAACAUGGCAAUCCGUCAUUCCAGCUGCGACCGGUGUCAGCGGCGCCGACUGCAUUCCCGAGGCCGGCAGCGGGUGGAUUGCCUGCGGUUCGAUCUGCUGCGACUCUUGGCAAUACUGCCAACACGCCGGGCAGUGUAUGGCCAACCCCGGUGCUGGCCCCGGAGGCGUGGUUAUCGUGACAAACACCAACACUGCCGUGCAAACCGUCACCACCCAGUUCAGCGCGCCAUUUCGCGUUACUAGCGGCACCGCGACAACGACGAACUCGGCUGGUGGAGCUAUUCAGACGGGGGAUGACGCGGAACCAGUGGAGGGCGGUACAGCUGGUGGCUUGAGCCCCGGUGCCAUCGCCGGUAUCGUCAUUGGCUCCAUCGCCGGUGUCGCCCUUCUCCUCGCCAUCUGCGCUUGCUGCGUCGUCAGGGGUCUUUGGCACGGUGUCAUGGCCAUUCUUGGGUUCGGCAAGAAGGACAAGAGAACAAAGGAGACCAUAAUCGAGGAAGAGCGCUACACCCGCCGCGGAUCCUCGCACGCCGGGCGCACCAACCACGGUUCGUGGUAUGGCGGCCGACCUAGCACAGUAUCAUCGCGAAAGGAUAAGAAGAGCGGCGCCGGCCUGUUGGGGAUGGGAGCCGCGCUUGGCACUCUUGCGUUGCUGCUCGGAUUGAAGAAGGAUAAGAAGAAGAGAGCCCCGGUCAACAGCAGGAGUGAUAUCAGCAGCAGCUACUACUCUGAUGUUUACACAAACGAUAGUCCUAGCUCCCUCAGCAGCGACAGACGAACCCGCCGAUCCCACCGCCAUAGCAGGCAAGGGAGCAGGGUAACGAGGACGACCACGACACGUGUAUCCCGUGCCCCGUCGGCGAGGUCGGCCAGAUCACCAAGGAGGUCUCCCCCGCGGUGAUGAUUGAGCUUAUUCUCAUUACCUCCGAUUUUUACCCUUGCCAUCUUUUCAGAGAUUCAAGGGAGAAAAAUAAACACAACCCUAAUGGAUCUUUUUUUCUUUCCGACGAGCAACACGAAGUCGACUUGUACAUAUUAAGCCCCUUGCACACACACACACAUCGCCCCUUUUGCCCCUUCUGCACCUGUGUUUUACUCUUGCAAUUUUGUUUGUUCUACGCUGGGGAUAUAGAGUUUUGGUUGUAUUUGUGUGUGAUUUUUGAAACCUGCCCCUUUUUUGGUAUGGGAUGGGAUGAUGGGUGGCUUAUAUUCAGCACUGGCGUUUUGGGCGUUGUCGAGAAGCAAGCAAGCCAUGCGAGAGGGAAAGGGAGGGGGGCUUUGCUCAGGGAAUGGAGAUGUGGUAUGAAGUUAUGUAG